GGAGAGUGGUAAUUGUAAUGAUGCCUCUACAGUGAGGUACUCCUACAGACAGUUAGUGGCUAGUGGUCAGUGGUCAGUGGUUAGUGAGCUCACUACAACACUAAACUACUAACACAGGAUGACUGCUACACAUAUCCUACUUCUAAUUGCCAACGUAAUUUUCUGUGGAUGCACGGAAGUACCCAGCCCAGUGUUCAAGAGUAGACCUACAACAAUAAAAACGUUUCUACAUGACACUGUGCUCCUACCCUGCUAUGUUGAAAAUUUAGGUGAGAGCAACAUCAGGUGGUGGAAGGACAGUGUGUUGCUGUCAGACUCCAAGGAUCCCUCUGUGAUUCCUCCGCCAAACAUCAGAGUGUUCCCCAACCAGACGCUGGAGGUGGCGGAUCUCAAGGACUCUGACACUGGGGACUACAUCUGUCAGGUUGUUCGGCCAGAGCCUUGGAACCCUGUGAAUCAAGCUCACGCCAUAGAGGUUUUGGUUCCACCACACAUCAAGACGAUGCCGGAGGGUGGAGUGCUGGAGGUUGAGCUAGGACAGGAGGUAGUGAUGGGCUGCAUAGUUACAGGAGUCCCUCCUCCGAUAGUUACCUGGUCCUUCAAGGGAAAAGAUAUGGAGUUGAUCAACAACCGAGCAACUCUGAGGUUUACGGCAACUGAUCGUAAAAUGUCUGGCAACUACCAAUGUACGGCAAGCAAUGGUGUUAGUGACUCAACGGCUGCAAACAUCAAACUUAAAGUUCUCUAUCGACCAGAAGUAGGAGCCGAGCGCUUGUGGGUACAUUCUGCUCCUGGUGAACGAGCUGAAAUCAGUUGUACAGUCCAUGCUGAUCCUGAGGCAAAAGUGGAGUGGUUCCUGGAUGAAAGAGCCGUAGAGUUGGGUGACGGACGUAUCAUGGCGUACAGGGAAGGAGACAAACACAAACUGAUCAUCAAAAGAGUGACCGUCGGUGAUCUCGGGCUCUUCACCUGCAGAGCGACUAACAUGUUCGGACGUGCGCAACAGAGCAUCCAUCUAUCAGGAGUGGCAAAUCCUGCGGAGUUCAAGAGAGGCCCGAGACAGUCCAACUUGCACAACUACACACUCAUCUGGGAGGUGGAAAGUUACUCACCAAUCAUAGAGUACAAGCUCAUGUUCAGGAAACAUCAGAGUUCAUCAGAACAAACAGACUGGGCAGAGAUGAUAGUGCCCGCUGACUCACUGUCUCCUGGUCCCAUACACUCACAGUCCUACACUGUGCCUGGACUGCAGGGCUCCAUGGUAUACGAGGCUGCCGUCCUGUCACGGAACAGGUUUGGCUGGAGUCGACCCUCACACAUAUUCAGAUUCGCUACCAAAGGAAAAGAGUUAGCAGAAUCCACCUCUCACGGAGAACACCUCGUCACUAGUGAAGAUCCAACAUUCGUUGUGUUGCAAAAUCUGAGUGUCAAAGAAGAAGAUCUACCAGAGUUUGAGGAAGAAGAAGAUGCCAAAGAGCGUGAAAUGAUAGCAUCAAAAAUUGAAAAUGAGCAAAGAGGUGAAGCAUCCCACCUAGGCCAUGAGAUUAGCAGUGGUUCUCUUCCAUUCCUCAGUCUAGUCUCAUUUUGUAUAUCUUCAUUGUCUCUCUUGUGCCUAUGAUUUUGUUUUCUUCAACGCUUGUAAAUAAUUGUAAGAUAUUGUG